AUUUUGAAAAAUCUUCCAAUAUAUUGGAAUGGCUCCUACAGAUAUGACAAGUGCAAGGCUGAUAAGAGUGGAUCAAUCAGGAAAUGGAGAUUUUAAAAAGAUUCAAGAAGCAAUUGAUUCUGUUCCAUCUCAUAACAAUGAACUCGUUUUCAUUUGGGUUAAGCCUGGAACUUACAGAGAGAAAAUAGUGGUACCGGAGGAGAAGCCAUUCAUAACAAUAAGCGGCAGCAAGGCCUCCGACACCAUAAUCACAUGGAACCAAGGAACUGAUUUACUUCAAUCUCCGGUCGUCUCCGUCUUUGCCUCCGACUUCAUCGGCCGUUUUCUGACCAUCCAAAACACCUUCGGCACCACCGGCAUUGCGGUGGCGCUAAGGGUCUCUGCAGACAGAGCCGCCUUCUAUGGCUGCCGGAUCAUAUCCUUUCAAGAUACCCUUCUGGAUGACGCCGGAAGACAUUACUUCAAGAAUUGUUACAUUGAAGGAGCCACCGAUUUCAUCUGCGGAAAUGCCGCUUCUCUCUACGAGAGGUGUCAUUUGCACUCGACGUCGGAUAGAGGUGGGGCGAUGACGGCGCAACACCGGAACACGACGGAGGAGAACACUGGGUUUGUGUUCUUGGGAGGAAAAAUUACAGGAAGUGGUUCCACUUUUCUUGGACGGCCAUGGGGGGAUUGCUCUAAGGUUGUGUUUGGUUACACCUACAUGUCCAAUGUUGUUGAACCACAGGGCUGGAAUGAUUGGGGAGAUCAAAGCAAGCAAAGAACAGUGUUGUAUGGAGAAUACAAAUGCUAUGGGCCAGGAGCAAAUAGAGCCAAAAGAGUGGCAUGGUCACGAAGCCUGUCGACGGAUGAAGCUGCAAAACUCUUCACCAAAGACAUCAUUGGCGGUCGAGCUUGGCUUCGACCUGCACCAUCUCAUUUCAAAAGGGGCUAGUCCUACCUAGCUCCAUCAUUAUUAUUGUCACAAUCAACAUUCUCUAUUAAUUUUCUCACAUAUAAUUAUAAUCUCAAUAUUACGUAUGGAUAAUAUGAUGUUUCUUCUUGUUAGUCCGACAUUAUAAUUUUGUUGUCCAUGAGUUGGUAUCGCAAGACGACACAAAAUGAUAUAACA